AUGCGCACCCCACCCCGGGUGGGUGCCAACGCCCCGGCCGGGCACCCCCUCACCCCGGGCAGCCCUCGGGGAGCGCGGGACGCCUUUCUUCCUCCUGGGACGAAUGCCUCCGGAAGGCCGGGCUCCAACAGAGGCGAGAAAUCAAGUCUAAAGCGCGGGAAGCAGCGAGGACCCGGCCGCGGCCGGGAUCCCCGCCUCCGCCCGGCGCCGCCGCGCGCGACCCCGCCGCCUUUGUCUCCGGUGCGGUUCGGGACGGCCUCAGGCGCGCGCGCGGAGCGAGGCGGACACGGUGGGCGCCGGGCGACCCUGGUGUUCCCCGCGAGCCCCGAGCAGAGGCCGGCGCCACCCUCCGGGACUCCCCGCGCCGCCCUCGGUCCAGCCACCCGGUCCGCACGCGCGCAGCCGACGCUCACGCCGUACGGGGGUGGGGCGGCCGCUGGUCCCGGCCGGCGGGCGGGAUCGCCUGGGACGCGGGCAGCCGCGGCCGACGCCGGGGCCGCGCGGGCUCGGUGGCCAAGUGGCGGGAGCAGAGCACGCUCUGGGACCCGGCCGCGGAGCGCCCGGCCCGAACCUCUCCGAGCCCAGGCCGCUUCCCCUGCCUGCGGGUCCGAGCGACCUCACCGCCUGCACCGCUGGGUGGAGAUCGCAGCCCGAGUGCCGACCGGUCCAGAGCGCGCGUGCCGGCGGGCGAGAGCUGGAGAUGCCCACGGGGCUGUGGCCGGGCCUGCGCGCGGCCGGCCGGGGGCGGGAGGAGAGGCUGGGGCGCGUGGCUGCGGAGCCGGGAGCGCCUGCGAAAGCUCGGGGUCCGGUCCUGCUCAGGCCGCUGGAAUCCGUCUGGGCAGGGGAGACGCUGGCCGCUGUAGGUCAGCGCGUCUCAGGCAGCACGAACCGGGCUGUGCGCUAAGUGGAAUCUGCGGCCUUUGUCCUUCUCUAGGGGAUUUUUCUCCGGGAAGCCAGACUGGAGUCCUGAGAGCUUGGAGCGAUCUUCUAGUUUACCGUCCUCGAACGCCUACACCUACCUGCCUCAGGACAGGAAUCAAACGGCAAGAUGACCUUUUUCAAAGGCUCAGUAAUGUCCCAUGGCAUUGACAUACCACAGGCCAUCUUUGUUGGACUCUUGCAUUGUUUCUGUAUUUAGACUAUUGUGAGUAAUGCUAUACAGUUCUUUUAGGAGCAAAGACUUUUUUCCAAUUUUUCUAAAUGUGAUAAGAACUUGAUGAGGAAAGUAUUUAAAUUUGUGCCACUUUAACUUAUAAUAGGGAAAAUAUACCAUAAUGUAAUAUAUGGGGAAAAACAUUUUAGAAACCUGUGAUUUUCCAAAAGCAGAGAAAUGAAAAUUCAAUAAAAUCUUUUACAUGGUA